UAAGAGGCCUGAGAGGCGUGUUACGGUAAAAUAUACUGUAUUUAGCUCCACAUCAAUUCAAUUCCCCUGCAGCAACAACGCACUCACGCCCUACCGCCAUGGCAGAGCCAGGGGGGCAUACGCCUUCAGAUAUGAAGGGUCCUAAGCCACUUACAGUUGUCAUCAAAUUAGGAACUAGUUCCAUUGUUGAUGAGAAGACUCAUGAGCCUCUCUUGUCGAUUUUAACUCUCAUUGUAGAGACGGCUGUUAAGUUACGAAAGGAUGGACAUAAGGUCGUAAUUGUCUCGUCCGGCGCCAUUGGCGUCGGUCUUCGACGAAUGGACGUCGACAAAAGACCAAAACAUUUGUCCAAAUUACAGGCACUCGCUGCCAUUGGUCAAUGCCGCUUGAUGAGUUUAUGGGAUAGUCUCUUUGGGCAUCUCCGUCAACCCAUCGCUCAGGUUCUCCUCACAAGAAAUGACAUUGCGGACCGGACAAGGUAUCUGAAUGCUCAGAACACUAUGAUGGAGCUCCUGGAGAUGGGUGUGAUACCAAUUGUUAACGAGAACGACACUUUAGCUGUGGCUGAGAUUAAAUUCGGAGAUAACGAUACACUCUCAGCCAUCACAGCAGCUAUGGUACACGCCCAUUUUCUAUUUUUAAUGACAGAUGUCGAUUGCUUGUAUGACAAGAAUCCACGGACACAUCCUGAUGCUCGAGCCAUAGAGGAGGUCGAGGAUAUUAGUGCAAUCCGCGCGGAUGUUUCUAGCGCUGGAUCUUCCCUGGGUACGGGUGGCAUGAGUACAAAGAUUGUUGCCGCUAGGCUCGCAACAUCUGCUGGUGUCACCACAGUCAUUACCCGAUCAUCUUCACCUGGAAAUAUCGUAAAGAUCGUUCGGUACCUCCAAGCUCGCAAAAAGCGCACUCCAUCACAUCACUCACCGGUAGCUAAUGAUGAAGAACACCUGUCUCGGUCAACGGCGUCGUUGAACCUUGACGCGCUAGAGAAGCCACCUCUGCAUACACGAUUUCUCCCCCUUUCUCAUCCCAUCAGGGACCGAUACUUCUGGAUUCUCCACGGCUUAGCCCCGCACGGUACGGUCUAUAUCGAUGCUGGCGCGCACCAGGCCCUUGCGGACAAAGCUGGACUGUUACCAGUAGGCGUGCUAGACGUGGAAGGCAAUUUUGCCCAGCAAGAAGCCGUCCGGCUUGUUGUAGUGAAAAGACUGUCAGAGCCCGGACCGAAUGGCAAACUAUGGGAAGGCCCAGGGGAUGAAAUUGGAAGAGCGUUAGUUAACUACGCUGCUCCUGAGAUCAUCCGGAUAAAAGGACAUCGAAGUGCACAAAUCGGGUCACUCCUAGGCUACGCCGAUAGCGAAUACGUGGCUGAUCGGGAGAGUAUCAGUCUUCUUCACAGGGAGAGCCGACCUGUCACACCUGUUCUCGAGAAAUUGGGCGAGAACGGAGGAGUGGCUGCUUAUGAAAAUGACAUCAGCUUAUAGACAUCGCAUCACGCAAAAUGAUUGGCGUCGGAGUUAUAGGAACCGCAAAACCUGAUCUUGCUAGACAUUCAGCAUCUGGAUAAGGAAAAAUUCACCAAUUGGAACAGGAGUAAUGUAGAAAUUGGACAAAGUCAUAGAUU